AUCCAGGCUCUAGGAUGUUAUCAGCUCAACAUGUAGCAGACGCAUUCGUCACGCAGUACUAUCAUAUCCUACGAGUUUCACCUGAAAGUGUUCACAAAUUCUACAAAGAAUCGAGUACACUUGGCCGCCCAGGAUCAGACGGUAUGAUGUCAAUAUCUACAACAAUGAAGGAAAUUAAUGAUGCUGUGAUAUCCUCUGCUUAUAAGGCGUGUGAUCCUAUUACGGAAGCUGUGCAUGCCCAAGACUCUAUAAUGGGAUCUGUAAUUGUUGGAGUGAUUGGAACUUUGACUGACAAGGAGAGCAUCAACAGAAAAUUUGCGCAGACCUUUUAUCUGGCACCACAAGAAUGUGGUGGAUUUUAUGUUCAUAAUGACUUUCUUUACUUUUUAGAUGUGGACGAGCCUACAGCAUCAUUGUCAGGUCCUCAGUUUCCUGAGGUUCUUGCUGCACCUAAAUCUCCAAGUGCUUUAUCAGCUAAAAAUUCUGAAGUUGCUGAUGUUCCAAAUGAUGAGCAAGAGACAAUAUCUGUGCCUGACCCAACUCCGAAGGAGGCAUUUGAAAGCCUGCCUGACCCGACUCCAAAGGAGGCAUUUGAAAGUCUAAAAAAGUUAGACACUCCUGCUAGUCCAAAAAAGAGAAGUGAACUUCUAGUUAAGAAAUCUGCUGGAAAUAUUGAAGAAGAUAGCUUCAAGAAAGUAUCUUAUGCAUCAGUUUUGGCUAGAGAAGCUCCUCUAUCGACCCCUGCCCAAGUGUCUUCGCCUCCUACAUCAGGUCUAAUUAAAGCUGGCCCGCCGGCCCCGGGCAAAGCAGCAUCAACUCCACUUAGUUCUGCUCUGGGCAUUAAUGAUGGAUUGGUUGCAGAAGCACCUGUUGGGAUACAUAUUAAGGACUUGCCUUCGGGCAUAACACAAGAUGCUCUUCUAGAGCAAGUCAGGAAGUUUGGUGCUGUACGUCCAAACAGUAUCCAUAUUAGAGAAUACCCUGAGGACGGAUAUCGUUUUGCUUUUGUGGAAUUUGAAUCUGCGAAAUCUGCCCGCAGUGCUGUAGAGGCUGGUGAAAUUUGGAUUGGUGGCUGGAAAUAUGAAGUACAGUACAAAAGAUCAUCCAAUCAAGGUGGCAGCAACCAAGGUCGGUCAAUGCAUGGAAGGGGUGGCCAUCGAAGUGACAACCCUGGGAGCCGCGAUUGGGAAGGUCGUGGUGGCAGGGAUGGCGAAGCUCGUGGGCCGAGCUGGAGGAGCUCAACGCAAGAUCAAGUUCGUGGUGGCUCUUCAACUGCCACAAAGCGUAAUACAGUCCGUGUGUAGCAGAAAACGUUACCUUUCCAGAGUUGCACAGACAUGAACUCCUGAAAUUUGGUGCAACUCUGGUUUUUUUUUCUUUCACAGAGGGUAUACUGUAUCUGGGAUAUUGUGUAGCAUAGCUUAGAAGUUGCAUAGACAUAGAAGAUCAAUAUCCAAUACCCUUCUCUCAUAUAGAACUAGACUUUAUCAUUUAGUGGCAAACUGGCCAUGUCUGUUGUUAACUGUUGUCGGAUGUUAAGGCCUUGUAGAAGGCUUAAAAUUGUGGUUUUUCUAAUUUGCAACUUGUUUGUAGUAAAUUGUUUCAAAAUUAGGAUUAAUGUUCUUGUUGGCUUUUUACU